AUUUGAUCUUUAAUGCUAUUUAUGUUUUCUAUGUGAUGCUGAAAUUGUGGCCCAAACUCAAGGUUGCAUAAUUUAAAAUUGUAGAUAGAUAUAUAGAUUAUAUUACUUCACAUAAUUAGUGACAAGCUGACGUCAUGUUAAACGUUUGCCCAUAAACUGACUAGUGUGUACAACCACUAACCCUUACGUAACACCACACAAAUAUUUGCUAGUGUGUUGACGUCAACAUUUUUUUUCCCGGGAACAACAGAACGCUUUGAUCUUUUCCUGACUCAUUCGAGCUUCUGUGCUCCCACACGUACACCAACUCACAUGCUGCAUGUUUUCAUCUCACGAAUAAUAUUAGUUUUCCUUGUGGGUGGAAUUCUUCUGCAUAACUUUUUUUUUUUGUCGUUGUUCUUGAAAAUGUCUAUUUCACCUGCAGGUGGACAAUCGACCCAAAUACUAUGGAAGAGAGCUUGUGUUGUGUCCAGGUAUCACGGGAUGAUUUCCAGAGAGGAGGCCGACCAACUUCUGAGUCAGGCCGAAGGCAGCUACCUCAUCCGAGAGAGUCAGAGACAGCCGGGCACAUAUACACUUGCGCUGAGGUUUGGUAGCCAGACAAGAAACUUCCGUCUUUACCAUGAUGGAAAGCACUUUGUAGGAGAGAAGAGGUUCGAGUCCAUCCAUGAUCUGGUCACAGAUGGCCUCAUCACUCUUUAUAUUGAAACAAAGGCAGCGGAGUACAUUGCCAAGAUGACUAUUAACCCUAUCUAUGAGCACGUGGGCUACACUACAUUGAACCAGGAGACCACUCUGAAGAAACACUUGGUACAUAGCAUGGACGCCAUUGAUGGCCCAGCUCCCAUCAAAGAUGAUCGCAACACUGAGGAGCGGCUCACAUCGCUAGUGCGUCGAGCCACACUGAGGGAGAGUGACAUGGUGCCCAAAUACGAGAAGGUUCACAACUUUAAGGUUCAUACAUUUCGUGGCCCUCACUGGUGUGAGUACUGCGCCAACUUCAUGUGGGGACUCAUUGCUCAAGGAGUCAAGUGCGCAGACUGCGGGUUGAACGUCCACAAGCAGUGCUCAAAGGUCGUGCCAAAUGACUGCCAGCCAGACCUGCGUCAUGUCAAAAAGGUGUACAGCUGCGACCUGACCACACUGGUCAAAGCGCACAACACCAAAAGACCUAUGGUUGUCGACAUGUGCAUUCAGGAAAUUGAAGCCAGAGGUCUGCAGUCGGAGGGUUUGUAUAGAAUAUCUGGUUUCAGCGAGCUGGUUGAAGACGUCAAACUAGCGUUUGAUAGAGAUGGUGAGAGGGCAGAUAUCUCGUCAAGCGUAUAUGAGGACAUAAACAUCAUCACUGGCGCACUCAAGCUGUAUUUUAGAGAGCUGCCAAUUCCCCUCAUCACAUACGACGCCUACCCACGUUUCAUAGAGUCUGCAAAGAUCUCUGACACAGAAAAGCGUCUGGAAUCCCUCCACGAUGCCCUGAAGCUACUGCCGCCGGCUCACUGCGAGUCACUGCGGUACCUCAUGGCUCACCUUAAGAGGGUGACCCAGUGUGAGAAAGAGAACCUCAUGUCCAGUGAAAACCUGGGAAUCGUGUUUGGGCCCACGCUGAUGAGAUCACCUGACCUCGAUGCUAUGACGGCACUCAAUGACAUUCGCUACCAAAGGCUGGUGGUUGAAACGCUCAUUACCAAUGAGGACGUGUUGUUCUGAGAGGCGGCGGGCAAAAAAAAAAAAAAAAAAAGAGGGAGCCUGUUUUUGUCUGUGGAUUUGCCCAGAACCAAAGUGAAAUUUGAGAAGACACUUAAAAAUGCUAACACUGAGCCAUAUAGUGUCAGAGCAGUCAAGAAAAUGCUGUAUUUCCAUUCUUGUUCAUUGAGCUUUGUCACAAUGAGCUGGCAGCUUGCCAUCAUGAGCCAAAAUUAACUGAAAUAUUGCAGCAAGGCUUUUAUGGUAACCACAACAACCACAUACUCCCUCAAUUUCCGAUUUAGUGAUUGUAUUUUGCUAAAAGUGAGCAUUACUAAUUUCACAGAGCGAUAUCACGUAAUCGUAACAUGAAGGAUUGUGUUCACAGAGUUCAAUUAAAAGAAAUACAGUAGUGCCAUUUAAAAAAGAGGGGAAAUGAAGUCCAUAUUCGUUUUGUUUGUCCUGCUAUUUAUUAGUUAUUGCAUACAAUAGGAGUGAGUUCCACCCCAUUUCUGUCGGGGGAAGGGGACAAUGAACAACUUUUACUUGAACUUUUUCAUGAAGUAAAACAUUUAAGGUUGUGAAAAAAUCUAAUCACCCAUUGCUGCUGGACUGCCUAAAAAUGUGGAGAUGUGACAUACAGUAACAUCAUUUUCUAACAAAUGAAGUUUGUUUUGGUUUUGGUGUGAAUUGAAAAUAUACGUGGUUUUUGAUUCCAUCAUUGACUAACUACCGCCAUCUGCUGAAACCGAACCACUUAUGAGCCUUUUGUAUCUGUGACACUUCAAUGUUUUUUUUUUUUUACAUUGUCAUGUUGAUGUAAACAAUUUUCUGUAUAGUCUGCAUGGGGAAAUUAAAUUAUUCCAAAUUGUCAUGA